GCUUGAUGUCUUGUUGUAAAAAAAAGUUUUCGCUAAAAAAAAUUAAAUAAAUUUUCCGGUUAAUGACUACAUUUUGCCAAUACUCGGGUAAAAUAUUUUCUAAUUACCUCGCGCAGAUUUGUAUUUAUAUUUAAAAAAAAAAUUCUGUGACGAGAAAAUCGUUUUUUUUCUGUUUACUUUUUUAUUUUCAUAAACGUUGUGAAAGCUCAUUGUGUGUGAUGAUGGAAAAAUAAAAAUAUAAAAAAAAAUUGUUAGAAGAUAUAAUUAAGUUGUUAAUUAUCGGUACCGACUUGCGGCACAUUGUUUUUUUUUAUUUAAUUUAUCAAAUUGAGGUGACAUUGUGUUGAUUUCUUUCGGCAUAAUUUGAACAAUUUUGAAUUUGUUGUUUUGCUUUUCACUUUGGCAAUUUUUUUUUGUUUGUUUUGGAUACGAUUGCUGUUUGGAUAACCAUUAUUGCCUGUCGUUCGGACAAUAAUACGGUCCAAUUUUUUGUAUAGCAGCAGUGGCUGUUAUAGCAGAUGAUCAUCCGAAGCAUGCUCAAAUAAACAUUUUAAUUCUAACAUCGGAUGAAAUGUCUUCGACCAGCAUGGACAUAACGGAAACAUUCCGACCGGAAGAUCUAUCGAAAACGGACUUUUUUGAUUUCGUUACCGCACCGGAUCUCGGUAUCGGAGUGGAUCGACCCGGAACAGAUGUAAAUGGCACAAACGAUCAACCGCUACAGGGUUAUGAUCAGUUUUGGGGAGCCGAGAAAGAUACCAGCCGAUUAGAGUCAGCAAUAUUCGAAGAUUUGAAUCGAUACUGUUGGAGUCAGCAAAAUAAUUCCAAUGGCAUAUCUAAUCAGACCAACAACACUGACGGUCAGAUUUACACCCUAACCGUACUAAAUGGCACAGAACCAUGGCUACGGAUAGACAAUACACCCGAUCAACCGACACCUGCCCUGGAUUUCGAUAGCAUGCUGGGAAAUAAUUUUCCAGGCUAUGUAAAAACAGAAUACACCUACGAUGACAGCGGUUUCGGUACCGACAACAAAGAUGAACUCAUUGCCCAGUCACAACACCAACAGUCCAUUACAGUUACCAACAAUAGUAUCAACAGUACAAACAUGUCCUUUCAAAAUAACAACAACGACUGGCAAAUGGCAGAUCACAAUGCCAAUAUUGAAGAGGAAACACCCGAAUCGUUACUAAGAAGUGCCUUACAGGGAAAGGGAUACUCGAAAGGGAUGCAAUUGCAGAAUGGUAUCACCGUAAUCCCUGCCAAAAACGAUGACGAACUGAGGAGGGCUUUAUUCGUCACCGACCAAGACUCACUAUCAUAUGCCGAUUCAACGCUGAACGCACCGUUAUACGAUGAUAAUUUAGCCGAAUCGCCAAAUUCACUACCUGUACAUACAACGGGUGUUGUUGUCGAUGAUAUGUUCCUAACGCUCGAUGCAAGUGCCUUUACCGAUGAUUUUGACAAAAUCAAGCGAAUAGCAUCCGACGUUCAACAAUUCUGUAUAUCAACGGACUCCUAUCAAGAAAUCGUUUCAGACGUAGCACUACAAUCAGCUUCCUCUGAGGUGACAACAACGAAUCCGACGCCAUCGACGAAGCCGGGGAAAAAGUACAAGAAAUCGGCGGCGAACAAUAUUAACAAUAAUAACAACAAUAACAAUAGCAGCAACAACAAUCUGAACAACAACAAUAACAGUCCGACGCACUGCAACGGCCAGAGGAAAGAGCGAUCUCUCCAUUAUUGUUCGAUAUGUUCCAAAGGCUUUAAGGACAAAUACUCGGUCAACGUACACAUACGGACGCAUACAGGUGAAAAACCAUUCGCUUGCUCGCUGUGUGGCAAAAGUUUUCGGCAAAAAGCUCACCUAGCAAAGCACUACCAGACACAUUUGGCUCAAAAGAAUGCUGGAGCGGUGACGAAGGGAAAUAAACAGCAGCAGCAACAACAGCAGCAAUCUCAACCACCUACGCAGCCAUUACCAUCUAUUCAACAAGUACAAUUAUCACCACUGCCACAAAUCACAUCGAUUUCAUCGAACGGACAAAUUGUGGCGAAUAGAUAAAAGAAGUGCUAUCGUUGCGGUAGUUGCACUUGUCCAACGAAAAACUUAUUCUAUUAGCAAAUAUACAUUUAACUUGGCAUCUGAGAUCAUCCCACUCAUGCACAUACUGCCAGAGAUGACAAUAAACCGGUUAAAGUAAAAGCAAUAAAUUCAUUCGCAUUUAUGCGUUUAUACUGCGUUAGACAAUCAGAGACCUCUUCGGUCGUGAUUCUGAAUUAAUACUCAAUCAAUGUGCUAUUCGUCCUAUUAUCGGCUGUAGCGGUAGCCACUAAAACCUGAAGAGAGUUUCUAAUAGAGGAACAUUACCACUUCGUACGAGACUAAACAUUAAAUUCCUUCACCUUUCCACCUUAAAUCAUGUUUUUACUGUUACAUGCGUACGGCUUUUUGUAGGCGAAAAUACUCGACCUAUGUCGCGAUGUUGUGACCGUGACCGUGACCGUGACCGUGACAUAUCAAGAGCUGGUGCCUGUGCACAUAACCAGUAGAGUUUGAACGUUGAACCGCUGAUAGUGGGACUUAUCCACUUGGAUCCCCCUUUUUACUCUCCGGUUCAUAGUAAGCGUGCAUUGUAUAUUAAACAAAUCACGUUUACCGUGAACAGCGCUGGAUCGCUACUCGAGGUAUGUUGAAACUUAAUCUAACAACAAUCACCGUCGCUCGACGGACUAACUCGGACUAACUACACGGCAGUGGGGAGAUGAACCGACUACCUGAGCUCUUUCAUUGCUCGAAAAAUAUUGAGGUAUAAUACAAUACAAUGUGACACAAUAUAAUGCCACAAGGAGAAAUCAAUUACCUGAUAACGAAUUAGUUGUUCGAAUCUCACCUGUUAUAACUUUACAAUUACCUGUCUUAUGGAGACUCUCACUAAUCUCACCAUUGUCCAUUCCGUUUGUUCCGUUCAGUCUUUAGAUAAUAUUGUUUCAUUAAGUGGCCUAAUUCCACAUUUCAUAAUCACUCUUUUGUUCUUCGCGCCCAUCGAAACAGAGUCCACCAGGAAGUCAUUAGGUCAAGGUACAUACGAUGGAGAUAAUAUUAAAUUAGAUGCAUAUACCUUCAUAUCUUCCACUGAGUGAACGAAGGUUUAGAAAGCGGUUGACGAGUCAAGAGUUGAAGGAUGAAAGCGAAGACUAAGACAACUAACGUAAUCCUGUAUAGAAAAGCGGACGAAAGUCGGUUACUGUCAACCGGCGUUCUUUUCGGUCCCAGAGAAUUUCUCCUUCUACGAAAGGUAACGCAAAGACGCUUUCGGUCCUAGAGAAAUCGGCUCUAGAGAUUUCCUUCUUUUAAGAAACAUAACGCAAAGGCCCGACCCUAGAGAAUUUCUACUUAGUCCUAGCGAACUAGAUACCUCAGGAAAGGCAACCCAAAGCAAAAAUCUCACACAAGAAACGACACAGGGAUUUCAACCAAGUGGUCGACUAAGGCCCGCUAAAACAAUCAUUAAAAAUUUCGAAGCAAAAUUCUUCGCUAUUUGCCACUUCCAAGGCACACGUGGACUCAACAGAAGAUUCACCCUUUUACGUAACACUUCCACUCUUUUGCGUAACUUUCAGUGCAUCAGUCUGCACAUUCCACUGAUCAGGGUCACACAACGAGUCAGCGGUUAGCAAGUUUUUUCAACUUUCGUUGACUUGACAGACGUCGACAACAACUAAAACAAAACAGACUGAAACUCGAAGCGCGCAACAUUACGGAAAGAAAAAACUCUAGACAAAUAAUCACAAAUAAUUGCAAACUGUUUGCACUUGCUCACGAAUGCACAGCAUAAAAAAGACUAAGGCUCCUAAUCGUACCGGAUUAUCCGUGAAGGAUCUGAUUGACAAAGCUGGCAAAACAGCACAUCCAAACUAAAAGCGUAAAUGCUUAUAAGAAAUGACAAAGAAAAAUUGUGAGAAACGAUGCAUUCAAAGAAUGGCAAUUGGAAAGCAUCAACAACUCACACAUCAAGUUACAUCGCAUACGUACCGAAACCGUUACCAUAUACAAACCGUAUCUGCUUCAACUGGAGUCAGAGUUUUCUCCGAACCGUGCUGCACUGGGUCCCGAUCGUAUCAGUUCAGUAUCAUAUAUGCGGUACAAACCGUAUUUGCAACAUAUUGAUACCAGAAUCAGAGCCUGCGUUCAUCAUUGAGUUUUACUGUUUCACCUGGAUACAGUUCAUUUCGAUAUCCCUCGUGUUAGUUUCCGCAUUGGUAUUCGGCCCCUAUUUCUUGCCAUUUCCCUCAAAUUCAUGAAUUCCAUUGAACAGCUUGUUGAGCAGAAAAUGCUGGUAACCGUCCCGUUUCACCGCCCAUGAGCCUACGUCUCCGUCCGUCGUAAAUUUCAUUCGGGAAACAGCAAUCGCUCGCGAAAACAAUCGGACACAACCGUAAACAACCGUAAACAACUUUGAAAUAAAACAAACCACAAAAACCAAGAAAUAACUUAAAAAAUUUAGAAAAAUUCGACGAGCAAAAAUUUUCACGUCCAGCCAUUUUCACAGCGCCUACUAGUCUCCUAUGUCGCGAUGUUGUGAUACCUAAGAUGACAAAGGGUUUUUUCUGGAACUUUUGUGUUUGAGCUGCUAAAACUGUAACAUCGCUCAAGCAUAAUAUUGCGGUCAUGGCUCGACAACCAAUUGGUUACGUCAUAAAUAAACCGAGUUUGUUUCAAAAUUUCGAAAAAAAAGUAAGGAAAAUUUUACUGCCCGCCCCAUGCGAAAGUUGAACAUUACAUACCAAUUUGCCCCUUGCAAAAGUGAUCCAUUACAAUACGAUUUCUUUUCGGUUCAUUGUUUGUGUAUUUUUGAGCAACUUGCUUCGGUGACUGUUUUUCGACAAGUUUGGUUGUAUAUAAUGUAUCCAAUGUAACCAGCUAUUGUUCUCGCAUUAAACGUUCCAUAAGCGAGUUGUCACCGAUCAGCAGGUUUUUUUGUGAUUUUUUUACGAAACCAGCUAAUCUUACCCUGUCUUGUUUAAAACGACAGACCUUUCAACAAAAAAGAAAUUUUUAAAAUUCGUGUGACAACAAUAACUUCAUUUUGACUCAUCGUCUGAGAUAUACACUAAUAGGACAUGCAACUCAAGCCUCAGGCAACUUUUUUCAUUUGGGUAAUGUAACAAUCUGUGCCACAGAUUCUGUGGCAUAGGUUUAAAACAUUCGCUUCCAUAGGUGACUUUGGACUGAUUUGUACGUGUGAUUUUGUGGUCUUUUCGUUUCUCUUUCAUGGAAAGUUCUUGUACGCAAAUAUUAGGUGGUAGACGAUUUCUCAUUCAUCAGAUAGAUGCAAUCAAAACGGCUUCUGAUGCUUUUUGCACCCAUCUGGGACCGUUAAUUAACAGUACUCAAUUAAAUAGAUACUGGAAAAAUGAAAUUAUGAUUUUUGUACCAUAUUCGUAAUAUAUUGGCGGAAGGAAUGCGAUAUAAAUACGGAGCAAAAUGGAGAGAUACUCCUGUCAAUAUAUUGUCCUGUAGUAAAUGAAACUGUGAUUGUAAUGCUUCCCCGAUCGAAACGAAUUUUAGCCGCUUAGCGAAUCAAAAUUAGAAUAUUUUUUUAUAUUUAUAAGACAAAAGUUUUAUGUGAAAAGAGAAGACAUUUAAAAGGAGAAACUCGAUUAUUUUAACGAAAAAUAAAAAGUGCUGUGAUCACUUAACACAAAUUUAUUUAUUGAAUUUAUACACUUAAACUGUAUGUAUUUUUAGACGUGUAACGUAAAUUUUUUUUUUAUUUUUUUUUAAUUAUUUCUAUAUUUUGUUUCGAGUAUAAAUAUAAUUAUUUCCCUAGGUAUGUAAGCAGAGUUAAUGUAAAAAAAAAUGUGAGAAAAUUGUUGAAGUUUAGAAUAAGACUUAAAAAUAUAUCAAAAAGAUGCCACACUCAGCGGCGUCAAAGAUGUGAAAUCACGGCAGAGUAAAGUAUUUUACACUGCCGUGUGUGAAAUUAUAAUCCGUCCAUUCUUGCCAUUUAUAUUUUUCUUACUUUUUCUCUCGUUAAUUAAUUGUAUUCCAAUCGUUACGCUACACCACAGAAGGAUAUUUUUUUUAAACAAAUUAUUUUUAAAAGAUAAAAAUUAAAAUGACCAGCCGACAACUUGCCAAUUAAAUGACUAGGCAUCGGCACAUAUUACAGUUUUGUCGAUAUUAAUUGUAAAUUUAUCCAUUCCACAAGGAAACCAGCAAUGAAUUUUGCAUCUUUGUCUUUGAUUAAUUUUGACAUGACUUGGUUGUGAGAUUAGAUGUCAGCACGGUCUUUGAAACAAUCCGUCAAAUUUUUGGCACUGAAUUUUCUAGAAAAAUGCAGAUCUAGCAAACAUUCAACCGAAUCGAUUCUAUCACUGAGGAAAUGGGAUUUUUAUGACUAAAAGAAAAUUCAGGCAUGCACUUAUAGGUCUAGCUACAAUAUUACAGUCCAGGUCCUAAUGUCGAUUAGAUGUGGAACGAAAAAAAAUUCCGGAAAAUGUAAAAUUGUUUUUCGAACCAGAAAAGCCAUCUAUUUGAAAACUUUUAAAGUCAAAUAUAGUAAUUGCGCUCGAAUAAAAUUACGCAAAUAUUAUUGCGCCAUAUAUUUCUUAUGACGUAAUUAAUGUCGCACUCCAAUUUUAGAGCGAAUGCGCCAUA